GCCUCCAAAAAGCACCAGCAGGAGCACCCAAGCCACAUGAACGACACGCCCGUGACCUCAACUACUUCAAUUGUCUGUUCAACUUCGAGGACCACACUCAUUACGUACUAAACUACACACACAUUUGUUCUUCACUCCCCCCCCACGGGUACCCAUACAACCUUAUUGCAGCUCACUAAAAACAGCUUUCGUCUUGGUUCACUUCCCCCCAACCCAACAGAUCGGUUCGUUCUACCUGCAGCCACGCCGUUUUCCCGACUUGCCGAACUCCAUCGAAGAAAGAUUUAGACAGCUGGCCCGAGUCUUCUGCAAUGCAUUUCCCUCGACUCCCGCGGACAGAGGCAGCGUUCUUGCUGGCGUUAUUGAUGUCCCCGCUGCCCGCUGCCUCGAUGCUGGAUUGCAAGCACAUUCUCGUGGACGAUGUCUCGUUUAACCUCGGUGAGCUGGCCGGGCCGCACAGCGUCGUGACCAGCAGAUGGCAUCCCCCCACCUACACGAACACGUCCUACACGGUCGACAUCUGCGCUCCUCUCAAGCGCAAGGGAGAUGUCAAGAGGGAGGAACAAUGCCCCAGCUUCACGAGAGUCUGUGCCAUCGAACGCAACAUCCACCCGGGCCAGGACAACAAGGACGAAGUCGAAAAGGUGAUACCGAUCGCUGGCGAGCUGGGCGACCACGGCGGAAGGGCUUUGGACGCCAAGCCCGAGCGACUCAAGUCGAGCGACUCCAACUCGGAUGCGAAGAAGGAGGGGGUUCGGCUCAUCCUCAACGGUGGCUCUUACCCUUUGGGAAAGAGCGGCAGAAAUCAAAAGGCCAUCAUCGAGUUCAUCUGCGACCGCGAGAAGUCUGGCCUCGAGGGUGAAGUUAAGCCUGAGGACCAGUACGACGGCAGCCAAUUCCGAGCACGCGAGGAUGAUAAGGACGGCAAAGACAGCAAGGACGGCGAAGACGACGGGCCCUCGCCCGAGGAGAAGCAGAUUCUGAAGCCUGACAGCGCCUUGAUCUGGAAUAGCUACGGCCCGAACGAGAAGAACGACAUGGACGUCCUGAGGUUGACUUGGCACACCAAGUGGGCAUGCGAAGAUGCAUUCGGCAAGCCGCCCAGCGAAGGCGGCAGCGGCGGUGACUCGAGCAGCCACUGGGGCUUCUUCACCUGGUUCAUUGUUCUGGCUUUUCUCGGCAUCGCGGCAUACCUCAUUUUCGGCUCCUGGCUGAACUAUAACCGCUACGGCGCUAGGGGCUGGGAUCUUCUGCCGCACGGUGACACGAUCCGCGAUAUCCCUUACUUGGUCAAGGACUGGACCCGCAGCGUGCUGAGCACUGUCAACGGCAGCGGGAGCCGUGGCGGUUACAGCGCAGUCUAGAAUGACGGGUUCUCUCGAGAGCGUUUGUAAGGGAGGAAGCAGUGUAUAUUUAUGGCUGUAAACUGGGUCGGUGACUACGGUUCUUGGUUGCAUGGUCUUGCGGCGGGCAUCGUUCCGCGAGUCGAGUUGCGACCUGGAGUUGGACUUGUUUUUUGGGUCCUUGGAGCUUGUCGCAUUAGCUUGUUCGUAUAGGAAAUACAGCGUUACG